AUCCAAUCCCAACAAACCCUAAUGGCGUGCCACCACCAUCACAACCAGCACCACCACAGCUCCGCCACCUGCUGCUCCACCUGUUAUUGCUCUCAGUGUUUCCACCCACCACCACCAUCACCUCCAUAUACCCUACAAUCUGAGCCUCUUCUACAAGCCCUUGCCUCUCUCCUCCAACCCCAACACAAUCACCAUCUAAAUCAAAUCCAUGUUCUAAAACCCUUCCAAGAUGCCACUAAAAACCAUCACUUCCAUCGCAAACAACAUCCCCAACAAGACCCCAACUCUCUCAUCUCUUCACUUCUGAGCCGCAUUGAUGUUCUUGAAUCAUCACUACACAGCUUUUCCAGAGCCUCGAAUUGCUCUUCUAACCCUUCGUUUAUGCUUAAAGAUGCAGCCGCUCGUGUAAUCCAAACCCAUUUCAGAGCUUUCCUAGUUCAUAGAUCGAGAACACUUAGACAGCUCAAAGAUCUCGCCUUUAUCAAAUCAAGUCUCAAUUCUCUCAAGCUCUCGGUUUCCAAUAAAACCCAUCUUCAUCCCCAAGUCGUUUCUCAAAAAGCCAUGGAUUUGCUUCUAAAACUUGACUCUUUCCAGGGUGGUGAUCCAAUGAUUAGAGAUGGUAAAAGGUCAGUUAGUAGAGAUUUGAUUCAGUUUUUGGAAUAUAUUGAUGGGUUGGCUUUGAAAAGGAAUAAGCUCCUGUAUAAGAAUGCAAAAAAUAUGAGGAUUUUGAGGUCUAGCUGUGGAGAAGUAAUGGAGAAACUGCGAAAGCUUGAAAGGUUUUCCAGCAAUGAAGAAGGAGAUGAUGUUGUUGAGCUUGAAGGUUUUCAUCAAGGUAUUAAUGGAGGAGAGUAUCAAAAUAAAAAUGCUGGGGUUUUGGUUAAAAGGCAAGGGAUUCGACCGAAAGUGAACAAAACAGUGAGGUUUGCUGAGAAUGGGAAUGUGUAUAGGAUUAUCAGCAAUGAAAAUGAUGUUAGUUCAAGUGGAGAUGGUAGUUUAACCGACGAGUGUGUUUCGAGUGAUGAUCAUGGAGAUAUAAUGGAGAAUCUUGUUGAUGAAAGUGAAGAUUUAGUUGCGAAUUUGGAGGUGAUGAACUUGAAUGAUGGAGAGUCUUUGCAGAGCAGUGAUCGAGAGAAGAAUUCGAGGAGGAACUUGAGCAAACAAGCUAAAACGGAGACUGGUGGGAACUAUCAGAUUCAAGGUGGAGAUUUUGUGUUUUCUGCACCAUUGCCGUUGAAGAUGGAAUCUAAAGCUGAUCCGGUGAAGAAGAAAGACGGUGCACUCAAAAUUGUUUCAUAGAUGUCACCUAAUAUGAAGGAUUAGAUCUUUAUUGGUUCUUCUUCCAUGUUUGUGACCAGAAUAGUAGUGAGAGUGCUACCGUGGACGUGUUCCGAGAA